UGGGAUAAAGUUUCCAAAAAAUAGAGAAAAAAACCUCCUGCGAGAGGGAAGUUGUGCCAAACUUCAUUUUCGCUUGAAAAUAUAAUAUCGCGGCCACUUAAAACAAGUUACAAAUAAAGGGCGAGAAAGACGACGAGGUCGUGCAACCGACGUCUGUCUGCGCUCCACACGGAUAUACUCACUAACCACGGAUUCUAAAGCGGACAACGUUUUUUCUUCGCUACCCUUGCAUUUCUUUAAACGAGAAAUGGAAGAGAGCUCAAGUUCUCCCGUCUCCCCAGUGGAUAGCUUAGUGACCAGCGAGGAGGAGUUGGACAGACAACAGAAAAGAUUUGGAAGGAAGAGGAGACACAGCAAAAAGCUGAGCGAAGACGGCAGUCCGGGUUCCGUUAAGCGGGGCAAAAAACCGAGUCCCAGCAGCACGCAGUCGUACGAGGAGCUGCAGAAUCAGAGGGUUCUGGCCAACGUUAGGGAGAGACAGAGGACUCAGUCGCUCAACGAAGCCUUUGCGUCGUUGCGAAAAAUCAUACCCACGCUUCCCUCGGAUAAACUUAGCAAGAUACAGACUCUGAAACUGGCAUCCAGAUACAUAGAUUUUCUGUAUCAGGUGCUACAAAGCGACGAGAUGGACAACAAGAUGUCAAGCUGCAGCUACGUUGCGCACGAAAGACUCAGUUACGCUUUCUCGGUGUGGCGGAUGGAAGGCGCGUGGUCAAUGUCUACGUCCCACUAGCACCGAAGAAGUUUUAUUCUCUUAUGCCAAAGGGACUGUUUAUUUCUACAAAGUCUGAAGAUGCCAAAGGAUUUCUCGAAGAACCUAAGAACCUCAAAGACACGGUCAAAAGACCCAACGUGAUUUACGACUCCGGAUUCUCCUGGAUUAUUUAAAAGUGCGACACGACAGUACUGUAGGCCCAUCUCAGACAUCAGAACAAAUGAGAGGAUUUCAGACCAAUAUGUUUAUUUCGCUCCCACAAUUCAAUGUGCUGACGUCUCCCGUUUCGUCUAACGCGUAGAUUUUAUUCUUUAAAUACCGGUAUAGUAUGAUUCAGGAAAGCCCUAUAUUAUCUUAUAUCCCUCUUUUCUUUUUUCAAAUAAAUGUUUAAAAUGUUUUAAGAACGCAUUGUACAUAUCUUUAAUCAUCUUCAGCUUUUUUUUUUUUUUUAAAGAUAACAUUUAGAAUCAUAAGUUCUCGAGGUACUGCAUGGAUUUGUCCUCAAAAAGUUGAUCUCAUUCAGCAAAGCUCUCUUUUUCGCCGAAUGUAAAUUUCGCUUAUUUAUUAAAACAAAUAUUUUUGAAACAACUUAAA